CAAUUUUACUACGCGUGAGAAAUUUUCUUACGAUAGACUUCAAUUUAUUCACAUAUGACACUCGAUUAGAGAAGAAGUCACACAUCAGUUGAACAAAAAGGAAUUUCUUCAACCUUCUUUUCCCGGUUUGAUUGUAAUUUUCAAAAUGAAGAGCCUGAUUCUAUUGGCGACCUUAAUGGGCAUCGCAUUCAGCGAAGUUUUCUUCAAAGAGGAAUUUGCUGAUGAAUCUUACAAAAGCAGAUGGAUUGAAUCCAAGCACAAAUCAGACUACGGAGAGUGGAAAUACACAGCCGGAAAAUUCUACGGAGAUGCAGAGAAAGACAAAGGAAUCCAAACUGGCCAGGAUGCUCGAUUUUACGGGAUCUCUGCCAAGCUUGAGAAGCCCUUCUCCAACGAGAACAAGGAUUUGGUGAUCCAGUUCCAGAUCAAACAUGAGCAGAAGAUCGACUGCGGAGGCGGAUAUCUUAAGGUCUACCCUGCCGACGUCAACCAGGAGGACUUGCACGGAGACACUCCUUACUACAUCAUGUUUGGCCCAGAUAUUUGUGGAUACUCAACAAAGAAAGUGCAUGUUAUCUUCAACUACAAGGGAAAGAACUUGUUGACCAAAAAGACCAUCAGCUGCAAAGAUGACGAGCUCUCUCAUGUCUACACCUUGGUUGUGAAAUCAGAUAACACCUACGAGGUUUACAUUGACUUGGAGAAGAAGGAAAGCGGAAAGUUGGAAGAUGACUGGGACUUCCUCCCUCCUAAGAAGAUCAAGGAUCCCGCCGCAUCCAAGCCCGAAGACUGGGAUGACAAGGAAAAGAUUGACGACCCUGAGGAUAGCAAACCCGAGGACUGGGACAAACCUCAGCACAUCCCUGACCCAGAUGCCAAGAAGCCCGAAGACUGGGACGAUGAUAUUGAUGGCGAAUGGGAACCCCCGAUGGUGGACAACCCCGAUUACAAGGGAGAGUGGAAACCCAAGCAGAUUGAUAACCCCAACUACAAGGGCAAAUGGAUCCACCCUGAGAUCGACAACCCCGAGUAUACUCCCGAUGACAAACUGUACCUGUACAAGGACAUUGGAGCCGUGGGUGUCGACGUCUGGCAGGUGAAGUCAGGAUCCAUUUUUGAUAACUUCUUCAUCGGAGACGACUUCGAGGAGGCCAAGAAGUUCGCUGAAGAGACAUGGAAAGUGUCCAAGGAUGGCGAGAAGAAAAUGAAAGACGCACAUGAUGAAGAGGAAAAGAAAAAACAAGAAGAACUGGAUAAACUGAAGGCCGAAGAGGAAGAGGACAACGAAGAUGAAGAAGAGGAGGAAGAGGAAGCCGUCAAAGACGAGCUGUAAACUGAUUGCUACAAACUGUUGAUCUACGUUAUGGCUGAGGUUUUGUUUUCGUAAGUUGCCAGUAACUGGUAACAUUGAAACUGAUUUAGCAAUAAAUAUCACAGACAUCUUGCAACAUAAGUUAACUUGGCGCUUUAUUACAAUACAACUGUGUUGGUUGAGAUAUAUUAGAUUGUAAUAUCAUUUUCGUUUAAUUAUUCGAUCAAUAUUCCUUACAAAUUUGCUUUUGAGUCUGAUUUCUUGUAAAUGUUAAUGUUAACUUUGUUGUUAUAUAUAUCAUUUUCAAUUGAAAAUUGACAUAUAUUUUUUCAAUGAAAA